AAAAAACGGGUCCCCAGCCGGCCGGCUGCCAAGGCGACUUGAGUGGCCACUUGGCCUGACGCGAAUUAUCCGAUAAGGGAAAAAAUAAAACGGCAAAUGCUGCCACAAAGUGAACCCAUGCGACGGUCUGUUCGCAACCUCAAAAUGCGAACGCGAAAUAAAGGAGAAAAGCGGGAAGGCAAAACACCGCGAGUAAAAAAGGUCAUCAACGAAGCUUACAACUGUGCACGCGGGCGCCAACAACUGCGCACGCGGGCGCCAACAACUGCGCACGCGGGCGCCAACAACUGCGCACACGGGCGCCAACAACUGCGCACACGGGCGCCAACAACUGCGCACACGGCACCAACAACUGUGCACGCGGGCGCCAACAACUGCGCACGUGGGCGCCAACAACUGCGCACGCGGGCGCCAACAACUGUGCACACGGGCGCCAACAACUGCGCACACGGGCGCCAACAACUGCGCACGCAGGCGCCAACAACUGCGCACGCGGGCGCCAACAACUGUGCACGCGGGCACCAACAACUGCGCACACAGGCGCCAACAACUGCGCACACAGGCGCCAACAACUGCGCACGCGGGCGCCAACAACUGCGCACGCGGGCGCCAACAACUGCGCACGCGGGCGCCAACAACUGCGCACACGGGCGCCAACAACUGUGCACACGGGCACCAACAACUGCGCACGCGGGCGCCAACAGCUGCCAACUAUCGCGCACACGGGCGCCUCAAUCGCACGCGCGGGUGCCCAAAUCGAUGCUCGCUGGCAAUCUCAUCAUAACCAAAGAAGAAAGAAAUCUUGUGCACUCUGCACUGACCGGCAAUGGUCCUUGA